AUGUGGACAACCACCUGUGGCCUCCGGGGCAAGAAGCUCCACUGGGCCAUCACCUUCACUUCCGUCGUCGGUUUCUCCCUGUUCGGUUACGAUCAGGGUCUGAUGUCCGGUAUCUUGCAAGGUUCUUCUUUCAUCGGCGAAUUCCCCGUCCUCGACAAGUCCUUGGGUGAUGAGCAACACGUCUCCGUCCUGCAGGGUGCCGUCACCGCCUGCUACGAACUGGGGUGCUUCUUCGGCGCCAUCUUCACCCUGUGCUUCGGUCAGCGCACCGGCCGGACUCCCCUGCUGGUUGCUGGUGGACUGCUGAUGGUGCUGGGUACCGUCAUCUCCACCGCCGCCUUCGGUGAGUCCUGGGGUCUGGGCCAGUUCGUCAUCGGUCGUGUCAUCUCCGGUCUUGGAAACGGCAUGGACACGGCCACCAUCCCCGUCUGGCAGUCCGAGUGCUCCCGCGCCCACAACCGUGGAUUCCUUGUCUGCUUCGAGGGUGCCAUUAUUGCUGUCGGUACUUUCAUCGCCUACUGGAUCGAUUUCGGUCUGUCCUACGUCAACUCCUCCGUCCAAUGGCGGUUCCCCGUCGCCUUCCAGAUCAUCUUCGCCGUCAUGGUUACUGCUGGUGCCCUGAUGCUGCCCGAGUCGCCCCGUUGGUUCAUGAUGCAGGGUAAGGAUGAUGAGGCCCUCCAGAUCUUGGCCCAGCUGAACGACAGCUCGGUCGACGCCGAGGACACCCUUCGGGACUACAACCUGAUGAAGGCCGAUAUGAGGGCGGCCGAGGCCCAGCAGUCCGGCAGCUGGAAGACCCUCUUCACCUUCGGCAAGACCCAGGAGUUCCAACGUAUGAUGAUUGGUUGCUCCGGUCAGUUCUUCCAGCAAUUCACUGGUUGCAACGCUGCCAUCUACUACUCCACCCUCCUUUUCGAGAACAACCUGCACAUGGAGCACAAGUUGUCCCUGAUUCUGGGUGGUGUCUUCGCCACCGUCUACGCUCUCGCCACCAUUCCCUCGUUCUUCAUGGUUGAGAGGGUUGGUCGCCGCAACCUGUUCCUGAUCGGAUUCCUCGGUCAGGGUCUGUCGUUCAUUAUCACCAUGGGCUGCUUGAUCGACGAGAGCACCCAGAACGCCAAGGGUGCCGCCGUCGGUAUCUUCCUGUUCAUCUGCUUCUUCGCCUUCACCACCCUCCCGCUGCCCUGGAUCUACCCGCCCGAGAUCAACCCUCUCCGCACCCGUACCAUGGCGGCCUCGGCCUCCACCUGCACCAACUGGAUCACCAACUUUGCGGUCGUCAUGUUUACUCCCGUGUUCUCCGACGCCAGCCCCUGGGGUAUCUACUUGUUCUUCGCCCUCGUCAACUUCGUCGGCAUUCCCUUCGCCUACUUCUUUUACGUUGAGACCGCUGGUCGUGAUCUCGAGGAGGUCGAUAUCAUCUUCGCCAAGGCUCACGUCGAGAAGAAGUGGCCCUUCCAGAUCGCCCAGCAGAUGCCCAAGCUCACCGUCGCGCAAAUCCACGAGAUGCAGUCCGACUUGGGUCUGUCCGUCCCCGAUGCGCACCACGCUUCGGAGGCCGAGAAGGUCGAGAUGGCCACCAGCAGUGGCGAGAGCGAGGACAAGAACGCCUCCGACUAA